AAGCUUGACACGACAGCUUCCGGCCACCGUGUCCCCCCUGUAUCAGCCAGCAAAGGCGGCUGUGUCGGAAUAUGACCCGCACUACCGAGACCCUUAAGUUGGCCAUCUUCCCCGCGGCUUCUUGAUUGAUUACCUCGUCAUCUUCAUGUACACACCCACAUGCUUCCUCCUUGGUAAGAACGCAUUAACCUCCAACUCGCAUUUUGACCGUUUGCCACCGCGCCAUGUCUUCUUCGUCAGGCCAUCAGCCUAUGCCAGGAUGGUACUGGCCAGAUGAUGUGCCAAAGAAUGAACCUUCGCAUGCGACGUCUUCGUCUACGGCAUCGGCAUCGCAGCCAAACCCGUCAAGUGCAUCAGGCGCAGGCGAGAAGCAAUCGCGAAAGCGCACCCAUUGGCCACCGAGACAGUGUAGGAUCUGUCUCGAGACGGUCCAGCCUACCUUCAACGCCCCCUCGCAAAACCUUCCUGGCUUCUUGCAGUCAUCUAAUGUGGUUUACGAAGACGAAAGUGGCCGUUUGAUCCGACCUUGCAUGUGCAAAGGUUCGUCCAAGUAUGUACAUGAGGCCUGCUUACAAGCUUGGCGACAUGCCGACCCAAGCUAUGGACGCAGAAAUUAUUGGCAGUGCCCUACCUGUGGUUUCAAGUACCGUCUAGCGCGCCUGGGUGCUGGGCGCUUCAUAGGCAGUGCUGCUGCUCAAAUUGGCUUAACAGCCCUAAUAUUGAUUUCCGUCAUCUUCGUACUCGGAUUUGUUGCCGAUCCCAUCAUCAACUUAUACCUUGACCCGUGGAGUUUUCUCUCCCCCUGGUCUGGCGUGUCGGGUUCCGACUACGCUUACUACUACGAGGACGAGUCGUCUACUUGGUAUGAGCAUUUUGCAAAAGGCUUCGCUAGUAUGGGCGUGCUUGGUUUCCUGAAAGUGCUUUUAGCAAGUCCAUUAUCGUAUUUUAGGAUUGGAGGUGGUGGCCGAGGUCGAACCACGGGUCGAGAUCGGUACGAACAGGUCAGCUGGAUCAUCAUCCUAAUUGGAGUGGGCACGUUUCUAGCGGCAAUCUACAAAGGUGUCCGUGUCUGGAGUCGUCGAACGCUUGAGAGGGCGGGCGAGCGCGUCAUGGAUGUACAAGGCGACAAUGAUGACGAAGACGAAUAGCUGCGACUCAAAUGUAUGUGCAUGUUGCAUGAACCAUUGGCACCUCAUUUGUCCAGUUGCUCUGUGAGGCCAAGUCCGCACUUUCUUAAAUUGCCACAAGUUAUUCCUCAAUACUGUGUCAAUUAGUCUACGUGCGAAGAACAAGCCAGCCCUCGUUACCCAUAUCGGCAAUGCGCGUUUUGUGCUAGCCGGCUUCUUGGAACUUGGAGCUACCGCCUUUGGCACUCAUUUUGUUCAAUCUUGCCUGCUCCUGGAGCAACCAUGAAUGGCUUGAACGACAUCAGGCCUUUGGCACAUUUUUAAACCCCCAAAAUACGUUCUGAUAGAUUGUGAUCGAUGGAGCGAGAAAGUAAUCGUGAUGCUUGUAGUAAAAUGGUUGGUCGAAUUGUAAGCCAUUGUCAUGGCCCAAGAGCUAUUGUGCCCUGCUACAAAA